AUGGCAUCUGUCACAUCUUGCGAUCCAUUAACUCGCGAUGGUGAACCUUACGUUCAGUGGAUAUAUACUUUAUUUGGGACUUGCGUAUAUGGAAAACAAGAGAUGAUUAGCAUUUUAUUCGGUAAUACUUUGGAAUUUAGGGAUAUGAGCGUUUCUUUAGUUCUGGUCUGCCUUUGUUAUUUAUCUAUAGUUUGUUGGUUAAAUGCACAGAUUCCACAACUUUUGCAAAAUUAUCGAAAUAAGUCAGUUGACGGACUAAGUUUCCCAUUUCUGGUGAAUUGGUUGUUGGGUGAUAUAGCAAACCUAAUUGGUUGUAUUUUAACUAAUCAAUUACCAUUCCAGAUAUAUCUCGCUACAUAUUUCUGUGUUGUGGAUCUUGCAUUAUUCUAUCAAUAUUUUUAUUAUAAUUGGUUUCGUUAUUUAUUGUAUCCAUCAAGUGGUAUUCCGGUUAGAUCUGGAUAUACAUUAAGAGGCUCUUUAAGAGAUACUUUAAGAGAUUCUUUGGAAUUAAGGCCAACCUCAAAACGAACGAAUGAGACACAUCAAAGAGUGUAG